CUGGAUGGGUUUGUUGAUGGUUGACAUCCAGAGUCUGUAUUCUCGCCAAUCCAUCUGGUUUUUCUUUUGGGAGGAGGGCCUAUCAACCCCGGGGCCAUUUAUUGGUCUGCUAUGUCUGGCUGGCCCCCAUUUAACCGAGUAUAUUUCAUGUCAUGGUUUCUAGGUCGAUGUGGUCCGUUUCUUUCGUAUUUGCGUGCAAUGGAAGGCUCCCGAGUUGGCAUGGAAUCCGAAAGAGACAUUAUCGUCUGGACGUCAUACUUGCAGGCAGAAGCAGAAGUUGUUGGCCUGUCGCAACCGCUCGUGGUUGUGCCUGGGUAAGCGAUGUCUGCGUUUGUUCCACAGGCCAUCGUGGCUGCUUUUCCACAGCGAAACUGGCGGUUCCAGGUCGCCUAUUAAGAUUGGCAUCUUCCAGGGCCGGGUGUUGGUAAGCCGCGUAUGCAACAAGGUUCCUUUGCUUCGUGCCAGGCAAGAGACCAUGUUGGUGGGGAAGUCUCUCCGCAAGACCAC